GAAGACUGUCAGAUUUCCUGCAUAUUGGGAGAGAGUCUUCGACUACAAUGACAAGUCUCUUCCCCGUGUUACUUAGUUAUUGUACUCCUAUGUGCCCAAGGAUACUCGAAAUAUCGAACUUAUUGGCAGUCCUCAUGCGGACGAUUGGACUUCUCGAAUAUAAUAGAUCCGUGGCGGAAGGUUCCGCGUAACACCUCGCGUCAUAGGGUACCCCACACCGGAACUGAUGCGCGGGGGGCUUUAUCGACUUCUAUGCCUAAGAAGAGAGAGACCUGUGUUUUCAAGAUCAAUCAGCACCAUGUCAAUUCAAAAAGUCGCCUUGAUCACAGCGGGUACUGCCGGUCUGGGCGCAGCUGUAGCUCGCGUGCUUGCUCCGGACUUCCGAGUAGUUGUCAACUAUGCCAACAACUCGUCGCGAGCAGAGGCUCUUCUCGAGGAACUAUCCGGCAUACCCAGUACAGUCCAACAUUCUCAGGCACCUCGCUUUCACGCCAUCAAAGCAGAUGUUGGAGAUAAGACAGCUGUACAAAACAUGGUAGCCGAGACCAUCAAGACUAUGGGCAGACUCGACGUCGUUGUCUCGAAUGCAGGCUGGACGAGAAUAACGGACUUCACGAACCUGGACGAGGGCGUCAUUGACGAGGACUGGGAUAAAUGCUUCCUUUACAACGUCAAGACUCAUCUAUGGCUUCUGUAUAGUAGUAAACAAUACCUCGAUGAGACAGAGGGUACUUUCAUCUCUACAGCCAGUGUUGCUGGAGUGAAACCAAGCGGGAGCUCUUUGCCAUAUUCCGUGACCAAAGCCGCGCAAAUCCAUCUGGCUAAGGCUCUCGCUGUAAUAUGCGGUCCCAAGAUCAGGGUGAAUUCGGUAUCGCCAGGAUUGAUGUUGACUGAAUGGGGCAUGAAAUUCCCCGAAUCGAAGAGAGAAGCGGCGAAAAAUAGUACAAAGCUCAAGCGUCUGGCCACUCCAGAGGAUGUUGCUGAUCAAGUGCGAACGCUUGCAAUCUCCAGGUCUGCCACUGGGCAGAACAUCUGCAUCGAUGGAGGCUCAUCGUUGUAGCGGAUUCAAACGGGGGCUUUCUGGUAGCACUUGAUUUAAAGAGCAUGUCCGUGGACUUUUAGUCACGUCGGACCCAUAUGCUUGAGCUUGAUGUAUGCAUAGUGAUAUUCCGUCAAUACCUCUU